GACCAAGCUCCAAAAAAAAAAAACGGUUUUCGCGGACGAAACUUACUGCACAGAGACGAAGGAGACUACUGCCCUGAAGCCCCAACACUAAUUUCCGUACGGAAGAGUAAGCAGUUCUUCUAUGAAGAAUAUUUAGUUCCUCUUACUGUGUUUACAUCACUCCCUUUAGUAACUUCCGUACAGCACUGCAGUUACUUCCGGGUUCUGUUGAGACUUUCGUACGGAAUAGCGCUCCUCGUGCAUUUGGUUACAAAGUAGUGUUCACCUUACUUCCGCCCCGCUCUGUCAUUUUUAGACGUCUCAUCAGGUUAACAGCUGUCUACCAUGGUUUCUGUGUUUUAUGCCUUAUAGGUGCAACUGGUUGUUGUAUCAAGAAGAGACAGUCGGUAGGGAUUACCACAAACUAAUCAAACAGACUGGACUACACGGUGGGUACACUAACCUGAGUAGAUAAAACAUUGUUUCACACCACUGAAAGAAGCCUGAGGGGAUUUGUGAGAGCGAUACGUACCCCAAGGUAGGGGCCCGUGAGAGUCGAAGCAAAACCUAUACUAUUUUCAAAUCCUAGUUCUAGACAGAAGCUGCUGGAACAUCUUGUGUGAGACAUCAUCAUGGGGAAUACAGCCAGUGACAGAGCACCUGGUGAUCGGCAUGGUGGCAAGUCUCAGCGGGGUGAUGGAACCAUCAGUCAGGCAAUGAAAGAGCAGGAGCCUAACAAAGGUAUGACGGACAGUACUGAUGACCCCAACAUUUUCAACAUGGUCACGCAAGAGUCCAAGCCUCAUGGAGAGAAAGAGUUCACUUGGCAGCCUGAAGCUGAGGACGGUCUGAAACCUUCUCAGCAGGCACGCCCCACUGUCAUCCGCUGGGCCGAGGGAGGGAAGGAAGUCUUCAUCUCUGGAUCCUUUAAUAACUGGAACCAAAAGAUUCCACUUAUAAAAAGGUGACUAUCAUUCAAUGCACC